AUGGUAUGCUCAAAAAUAUUUUCAGGGGAUUUACCCGAAUUAACAAAUGAAAUUAUACAACAUUUCAGAAAUGAUUUUUCAACAUUAUAUUCGUGUAUUUUAGUUAAUAGAUUAUGGUGUCGUUUAGCGGUUCCAUUAUUAUGGGAAGAUCCAUUUUCAAAGCAUGAUCCCAAAAAUUGCCACUUCAUUGAAAUUUACUUAAGUAAAUCAAAUGAAGAUGAUAAAGCAAAAUUUAAUGAAUAUGGAAUUAAAUAUGAUUUAUUACGUUCAAAUAAUACAUUGUUCAAUUAUCCUAGUUUCAUUAAAUACUUAAAUUAUGAGGGUACUUAUCGUUCUGUUAAAGAGUGGAUUGAUAUUUUAGUGGAUGAUGAUGAUCUUAAUGAAGUAGGAGAAUUAAUUUGUAAGUCGUUACUUGAAAUUUUCAUUAAAAAUGAAGGAAUAUUACAUUCUUUUGAAUAUGCAAUAUCUACUUUGGAUAGCUAUUGUGAUGAUACUAUGGAAUUGAUUUUACAAAAUCCAAAUUUCACUUACAAUAUCAAAGAUUUAACAUUAUUGCUUUAUGAUAUGUCAUUUAAAAUUACUAUAAAUAUCAUUCCUUUUUUAAAAUUUUUUUCUUCUAAUUGCAAUUCAAUCUCAUCAAUUAAUUUUUGUUAUUUACCCAGCACCGAUAAUAUUAAUGAUUUAUCAUUAAUUGAAAAUUGUAUAUCACAAAUAAUUAUUUCACAGCAUAAUCUCAAAACAAUUUCAUUUGAAUUUAAUGCUAAUUAUAAUUCAUUUUUAUCAUUAAAAAAUUCUAAUUGUUCAAAUACUUUAAUUGCUAAUUCGAAUAUACUUACUGUCUUACAAGAGGUCUUUAAUCAAUUGAAUGUUUUAGAAUCUGCUCAUAUUUUUUAUUGUCGUUCUUUAAAUUCUGAUUUUGUUCAACAAAUUAUUAAGGUUAUUAAACCUUUUAAAUUGAGAUCUCUGUUGAUGAAUGAAAUAUUACAUGUAGAAUCAUUACAACUACUAUUACAAAAAUGUGGUGAUUAUUUAGAAAAUUUUGAAUAUGGAUAUAUGGGUGAAGCAUAUGAAGAAUUAAGACCACUAUUACUUGAAUUUAUUAUAAAUUAUUGUACAAAAAUCAAACGUUUUAUUUCAGAUAAGCCUGAUAAUUUUAAUUUUUAUCUGUUAAUUGAAAAUAUUGGACGAACCCUUAAUUAUAUUUCUAUUGAUUUGUUCGAUCAAGAUUUAAGUCAAGCCAUAUUACAAAAUUUAGGACGAGUUCUUCCUUCUAAAUUAGAAUAUUUACAUUUAGGACUUUUAUUUAGUACAGAUGAUUUUAAAAUGUUUUUAAUAGAUUUUCAAAAUACUUUUGUUAAGAAAUUUCUGAUUAGUGAUACGACGCAAGAUUUAUACCAUGAAAGUAUCUUAUUUUAUACAAAGGAAUAUAUAAUGAAGAAGAAAAGGGUUAAAUAUUUGGCCAUUAAAGGAAGUUGUGAAUUGGUUGAUUUGAUAAAUGAAGUAAAGGAAUUUAGAUUAUAUGAUAUUAUUGUUAAAAAAUAUCUUGAUUUAUAUAUUAAUUAUUUACAAUUUACUAAAUAA